GUUGGGAAGCUAACUGCUGCUCUCGCACAGUAUACAGCAAAUGUGGGCCCAACUCACUACAUUUUGAGAUAAAGAUAGGCUAGACCUAAUGUCGCACGCGAAUGUCCUUCAGCUGCCGUUACCCUAGUCUAGGCUACAGAACUACAGGCAGGUUUGACUUGCGUUUGCAGUGUAUUUGAUCGCCGAGGCAACGGGGGUGUUCCUUACGUACGUCAGCACAACUACGGAGGAUCCCGCGGUAAAUAUUCCACAAGGUGUGUUGUGUGUCUGUUUGUGUCUGAGACGGUCUGAGAGAGAGAGGGCGAGAGAGAGAGAACGGGCGGACGAAAGAAAACGUGCGCGAGUGAGUGACCAGAGAGUGUAAAUAGAGAAGGGGGUAGGGAUCGGUCUAGCGGAAGAGAGCAGCUCCACUCAAGAGAACAGAAGGAAAAAACGAAAGCGACAGCGCGCACCAAACGUCUACAGCAGACAAGGAAAGUCAUAUUUGGACUGAACGGUAUGCCACGUUUACCACGGAUGUUGCGGUAGUCAGACUGCCCCUGAGGCUCUUGUCAGCGAUUUAUCAUCUCAGGGAUUUCAGAAUGGCUCGGGUGGGAAACGGAGCUGGAAACAAUGACAUCGAUGAGGACUGUUUUGAAGAUGCCUUCGAUCGGAUCCCUGUGGCUUGUAAGAUGGACCUGCAGACAUCCAUCGAGGAGUGCAGCAUGGCCCUUAACCUGGUCCUCAAUAACAAGUUCUCAGAGGCCCUGGAUCUCCUCCGGCCCUGGUCUAAAGACAGCAUGUAUCAUGCACUGGGAUACAGCAGCAUCCUUGUGAUGCAAGCAGCCAUGACCUUUGAGCACAGAGACAUCCAGGCUGCCAUGGCGACUAUCAAGGAAGCCCUGCACACUUGCCAGAGGUUCAGGAAGAAAACGUCAGUGGUGGGCUCCAUUUCCAGCCUGGUAACCAAACAAUCCUCAGACAACUUGAAGGAGGAGGAAAUGCAUGCAGAGAUCUGCUAUGCAGAGUGCCUGCUACAAAAAGCCACACUAACCUUUGUACAGGAUGAAAAUAUGAUUAGUUUCAUCAAAGGAGGACUCAAGAUCCGCACAAGUUACCAGAUUUACAAGGACUGCCAGCACCUCUUGAGUGUGGCCCAGGAGGGCGGCACAGACACAGAGGCCUUAACACAGUUUGAGGGUGGAGUCAAGCUGGGGAUUGGCUCCUUCAACCUGAUGCUGUCUCUUUUACCAGCAAGAAUACUGAGGCUGUUGGAGGUCAUUGGGUUUUCAGGGAACAGGGAGUUUGGUCUUUCUCAGUUGAAGGAGGGGGCGGGUAGCCACGGCCUGAGGUCCAUACUGAGCGCGCUCACACUGCUCUUCUACCACACCUACGUUUGCCUCAUACUGGGUACUGGUGAGGGUAACUUGGUCGAGGCAGAGGUCCUAUUGGAGCCUUACCAGGAGAAAUUCCCAAAGGGUUCCAUCAUUCUGUUCUACACAGCCAGGAUUGCUACACUCAGGGGCAACUUUGAGAAGGCUCAGUUGAAGUUCCAGGAGUGUAUCGGUGCACAGCAGCAGUGGCGACAGAUCCACCACCUGUGCUACUGGGAGCUGAUGUGGUGUCACUCAUUCCAGCAACAAUGGGGACAAGCACUCAAAUACGCAGACCUGCUCUACAAGGAGAGCCGCUGGUCCAAGGCAAUCUAUAUGUACCAGAAGGCGGCCAUCUUGAGCAUGAUGUCAGAGGAGGAAGUACGUCAGACUGGUGAGAAUGUGGUGGAGCUCUUCAGGCAGGUCGAGGGGCUGAAGCAGCGUUUAGCGGGGAAAUCCAUCCCCAUUGAAAAGUUUGCCGUGAGGAAGGCACGGAGAUAUGCAUCACCCACACCUGUCAAUCUGGUCGUUCCUGCCCUGGAGAUGAUGUAUAUAUGGAAUGGCUUCACCAUUGUUGGAAAGAGGUCAGAUGCUGCGGAGGCCCUCCUGAUCACCAUCGAGAAAGCAGAGCAGAACCUACGCACCACCCCCAAUGAGUUCACUGUGGAUGACGAGUGUCUGGUGCAGCUGUUGAAGGGUUUGUGCCUGAAACACCUGAAUCGGCUACUGCAGGCAGAGCUCUGUUUCACACAGGUGCUGGCCAGUGAGAAGAGGAUUCGAUACGAUCACUACCUUAUUCCUUUCACUCUCUAUGAGCUUGGAUUGCUUUACAAACUACAGGAUGAUUUCACCAAAGCAACCAAAUACAUUGAAGAUGCAAAGUUGAACUACAAAGAUUACUCCAUGGAAUCACGACUCCACUUUAGAAUCCAUGCAGCGCUGAACAGUCUGAAGAGUUCUCCAGUGAGCACACCAUAACACACACACACACACACACACACACACACACACACACACACCAUUCUAGCCAUCUAGCCAGCAUUUCAUUACUCUGCUGCACCUACAUGGCUUCUGGAUGGGUGCAAUGAUCAGUAAUUCUCACCAAAGAGAGACAAAUGCUUGAAAUCAACACCCCCCCUCCCCCACUCUCUCUCUCUCUCACACACACACACACACACACACACACAAACACAGACACAAAUAUAGACAUGAUAACUGUCAAACCUUGUAAGCACACUCUGUAUCACACACAAGCAAGCACGUACACACACACACACAAACACACACACACACACACACACACACACACACACACACAAAUACACACAGUAGAGAGGGGAGGGCCACAGAUGUGUGUUGCUGGUAAUGACACACUCAGAUGUAAACACUUGGAUUCAUGAGGAGAUUCUAUUGAAGGGAUGUAAUUCAAACCGAGACCAAAUACAUGUGUUUGUGUGUGUUUCACUCCUAUGGGUGCAAUAAUUAACAUUUUGAUGGCCAUUAUCAAUAUUAGUCUUUUGCUGUUGGUAUAUUAUAGUGUCUUAUUAUUUAUAUGUCUUAACUGUUGAAGGUCCGCUUUGGGCUGCCUUUGAUGCCUCUCAGCAAUCUGAAGGAAAGAGGGUGAAAAUGUUUUUUUUUUUUUUAUAAAGCAAUAAUAUUGUAACAAUAUUAAUAACCGUAAUCAUUCAAACCUUCCUGCUAUGUAAUUUGCAAUGAUUUUGUGUUUUUCUUUUUUUGGUAAACAAUAUAAACAAGUAAAUGAUGCUGGCUCUUUGAAGUUAAAACAUUCUCUCUCAGUCCAUCAUAUACUGAAUCCACACAUGAAAACAUACUGACAAACUUGCUGACGCGCGUGUGUGUGUGUGUGUGUGUGUGUGUGUGUGUGUGUGUGUGUGUGUGUGUGUGUGUGUGUGUGUGUGUGUGUGUGUGUGUGUGUGUGUGUGUGUGUGUGUGUGUGUGUGUGUGUGUGUGUGUGUGUGUGUGUGUGUGUGUAUGUUGGAAUAUUUGGGACACAACUGAUACAUGUAUGUGUGUGUGUGUGUGUGUGUGUGUUUAUGUAGAGAUGUUCUUUAAGCCAUAACCUGCUAUAGAUCAGAAGUGUCUCUUGAGUGUGAGAGAGAGACAGAAGGAGGCAGCGUUAGUCAGCAUUAUAAUAUAGCACAAUUACAGAAUGUAUGUCUUCUAUGUGUAUGUAUGCACGCAUCUAGUCUGAGGGGUAUUUCACAAAACAUAGAUAAGGGAUUAAGUUGGGAUUUUUGGUUAUCCUGGCUAAAUUUAGCCUGGACUUUGUUUCACAAAAAAAAAAUGGUACUUAAGUUACCAUGAGGAUUUAUUCAGUGCACCUAGCCUGGUCCUGUCCUUAGUUAGGUCUAAUGUUAAUUAUGUUGUCUUAUUGGUUCAGCUAGCUGUAAUUCAAAGACCUCCAUGACCUCCAAGAGCUUUAUUACAUUUAUAUACUAUUUGCUAAUUUGCAUUUGCUGCACAACACAACAGAUUAUCGGCCUAAUAGCAUAUGGUAUUUUGAAUUGAGAUAAUUGUGAUGGCUAAUUUUGUUGAUAGACGUUUAAUGAGUAGCCUACUGUAGUAGUUGAUUGACAAAUUGCCCUCCAUCUCCAGAGGUGUUUUCAACAAAGGCAUUUGUAGUCAUGAUAUGUGUAUCUUUGCAGUAGCAAGUGCUUUCUUAAUGACGUGUGCCGAGAUAACAAAGCACUCACACGUGGGUGCAUACGUCCUUUUAAUUCAGUUGGUCUACCAAGCCCACUGUCACUGUUUUAGAGGAAGACUUUUAAAGGAACACAUUAUUUAAUUGUUAGUCUAUAUCAAAAGCGGUUGUUCACGUUGUGUGAAAGACGCUAUUUUCCAUGUCUUUUUUUAUUCCAACCAUGGAAUUUUAUUCCAAAAAAAAAUAAUUGGAGGAAAAAUGAAAACUAGGCACUUAUCCUUCAUUGGUUACACCAAAGGCCUUUUAGGCAAGUCCACUCCACUUGGCGGCCGUAUUUCAGCGCAUUUUGGGCACUUAUCAGGCAUCUAUGCCCAAGCCUUCACCAACCACCGACAACCUGGCUCCAGCGGCAAGAUUCAAUACAAGAUUGGCAUGAUGUAAUCACAAGUGUAGUUUUGGCGGUGGAAGGAGAGGAAUAUGUGUAGGCGACAGCCAUGUUUGCCUUACAAACUAAGCCCAUACAUUUCUAUGGGAGAUUCUUUGAGUGCUGUGUCUCAUUAGAAAGUCUUACAUCGUUGCUCCUACUCAUCCUGGAUUGGCACUAGUGGAAUGUGUUGAGCUAGGAUGACCAGAAAAAGCUAGGUCAAGCCUCACUUUAUCACUUAUCUUGGAUUUCUUCAUUCUGCCUUUGUGAGAUACCCCUCUGGUCUGUAUGUUUUUCCGUUUUGUGUGUGUGCGCGCUGUAUAUGUUUUGUGAGAAGAAUUUCUGUCUUUGAAGUCUUUUAGUGCCUGAAUUCUGUUUGAUUAGCAGUGUGUGUGAAUCCAUGUGCCACUGCUGCUAUACCAUGACCAAUAAAAAAAAUGAAGUACA